ACUCUGAUGGUCAAUCGGGCGCCGCGCACCGCAGCAGUGACGCGUCACUGCACCCCUGUUUUCGAGUUGCACGUGUUUCUUUCCUCUUCACCGACGCUCACGUUCAAUUGUCCUCUUCUCGUUUUCCUUGGUCAGCUUGCCGCGAUAACGACCGAUAAACACAGUAUACGAGACUCGCCCGCCCGAAAAUACCGAAAUAGUCGUUGCCGAUGGUAGAGAGCGACGUUGUUCUCGCGACGCGGUCAUUCUAUCACGUUCCGUCGAAUCUCGUCUUCGAUCGCAGACCACGGGUCUCGUUCGUGUUUCCGUGAACGACGAAUCGUUCAUCGUCAUUGUCGUCGUCGUUGUCGUUUCGUGGUUGUCGAUUUUUCCUGUGCCGAUUUGCAACACAGGAGGCAAUCUUCGUUUUAGAUCGAUUUGCAGCUAAGCUGCAGUGGUGAAUUCCGUUACGAGCAUUUCGCGCCACUUCCGUUUUAAACUGUGCAAUUCUCAGUGAUCAGUGAGACCGUUUCCAAGAAGAUCUACGAUACGUACAGCGAGAUUCAUCUGUUUUCGAAGUCGUGGCGAAUCGAGCCGCUCGAAUAGUACCGCUGGUCGAGCUGCGUUCGAAAAGUGUUGUGAACAUCCCGCGGAGACACGUAGCUGCGGAUUGUGCUUUUAGCUGGUGACUGGAUCCGGCCUGACCACGGCCAUUCUCGACACGCACUGUGUUAGCGUGGCCGGAGGUGGCGGCGGUGGCGGAGGCGGCGGCGGUGGAGGCGGUGGAGGCGGUGGAACGGUCGGCGGCGGUCGGCUGAACCUGCACCUUCGUCCUUGCGGAGGCGGCGGUGGCGGUGGCGGCAUCGCCGGAAGUGACAGCGCUUCGGAUUACCCGCCAAGUGCUACGGCAGCGCGGAGCAGGGAAGCGGCGGCGGCGGCGCUGCACGCGGCAAGAACCCUGUUGGGCGCGGGGGUGGCUAACCCUUGCUCGCCCACCCCCGAACCGCCCUUCUGGAAGAUGCCACACAAAGAGGAGGACUUGAUGCACGGGGGUGGUGCGGGUAUUGGCGGGGGUUCUAUGGUCGGACAGAACUCAAUAUUUGGGUGCUCGGCUGCAGGACACAGCGGGGUUAACCAGCUUGGCGGUGUUUACGUCAACGGCCGACCAUUACCAGACUCGACAAGGCAGAAGAUCGUCGAACUGGCCCACAGUGGUGCUAGGCCCUGCGACAUCUCGCGCAUACUGCAAGUCAGCAAUGGAUGCGUUUCCAAGAUCCUCGGCAGGUAUUACGAGACUGGUUCGAUCAAACCACGUGCAAUCGGUGGUAGCAAGCCACGCGUAGCGACCACACCAGUGGUGAACAAAAUCGCCGAUUACAAACGAGAAUGCCCGUCGAUUUUCGCCUGGGAGAUCCGUGAUCGACUGCUGCAAGAAGGUGUUUGCAACAACGACAACAUUCCAAGCGUGUCGUCCAUCAACAGGGUGCUGAGGAACCUGGCCUCACAGAAGGAGCAACAGGCUGCGGCGGUGCAGGCGCAUCAGGGUGCCGAGAGCGUGUACGAUAAGCUUCGGAUGUUCAAUGGGCAGGCUGCAGGCUGGCCACCGGCUUGGUAUUCCGCUACGCCCUCUCAUCAUCCCUUGGCCACUGGAAUUCCAACGGCAGCGACCCCCGGCUCUGGCCAGUCGCUGCUGCCCGGCAGCCAGCUUCAUGGUCGAGACGAUUCUCUGCUCAAACGAAGCGAUACAGGUUCUUUGUUGUCGCAUCAGCAAGAAACAACGUCAGAUGGGAAUUCGGAGCACAACUCGUCCGGCGACGAGGACUCGCAAGUUCGACUGAGGCUAAAACGAAAGUUGCAGCGCAACCGAACAUCCUUUUCCAACGAACAGAUCGACAGCCUCGAGAAAGAAUUCGAGCGGACACAUUACCCGGACGUGUUUGCACGGGAGCGUCUCGCUGAGAAGAUUGGAUUGCCUGAGGCACGUAUCCAGGUGUGGUUCAGUAAUCGCAGGGCGAAGUGGCGUCGAGAGGAGAAAUUACGGAACCAAAGGAGAGCAGCCGUCGAUCAGGUAGUCGGCGGAGGCAGCAGCGGGGGUGGUAGCAGCACCGCGCCCCCAGCUGCGACCCCUGCCACACCACGGUUACCCUUAAACGCCGGAUUCAACGCCAUGUACUCGUCGAUACCGCAGCCGAUCGCUACGAUGCCUGACACUUACAGCUCGAUGUCGAGCAGCUUGGGCGGGUCAAUGGGUGGAAGCUGUCUUCAGCAGCGCGCCGAGGGAUAUCCGGCGUACGUGUUCCACGAGCCUCUUCACUCUCUGACGCAGUCUUACUCCCACGCACACAGCACUGCUGCGCACUCGCAACCCCAUCGUGGUAUACCGACCUCUCAUGGUGGAACCCCCACCACGCCAGGAGGACAGCCUGCAGGACCAGGUGGUGCACCCUACCAGCCGACGACCUCGACCGCGACUGGUGUGAUAUCGGCUGGCGUCUCGGUUCCCGUGCAGAUCCCGUCUCAAACACCAGACCUGACCGGCAACUAUUGGCCGAGGCUCCAGUGAUCCCAGCUCUUCGGGUUCCCGCCCGCGAGCUUGCUCGUCGGCCAGGAGAGCCCGCCGCCACCGACAGCCACCCCUGGUGCAGUGUCCCGGCCGCUGCUCGCUUCCCUCGGGAUACCGACGCAGCCAGCGCAGCAUCAGCCUUCGAACACACCGGCUACCACUCCCGUGCACACCUCUGACACCAGUGAGUGAACCAACCGAUCAAUCUCUUCGGACGCUCUCUUGCAGAGAUGGUCGCGCGCGCGAUACUCGAUCACACGAGACGGUUCGUUGCCGUACGGCGAAUCGCCGACCUCGAUCACUGCGUUCAUCGCGAUCGCGUCAUGAUGGCGCGCGAUGACAUUCGAACGAGAUAAUCGACGACGCUUGUUCAGCGUCGCUCCGAACACACGUGGAUUGUGACUUUGCAAGUUUAGCGGGUCAGCAGUGUUCCUAGAUGGAUCUUUUUCUUUUUUGUUUUUAAAUUAAUAUCAAAGUAACUUUUUUUUUCAUACGUUAUGAUUUUAUUCUUACGUAUACGGCACUGCUGCGUUAUUCGAAUAAGAUUGUUUUCUAUUUCUGGAUCGAUUAAUGGAUGUAUUUACUUACUGAUCGAUUCUUCGGUGUCGUAUGACAAUGUGUUAUUAAAAGUAUAGCGUGGAGAGUUUUUUCGUUGUUUUAUAUUGCAAUAUUUUAGGAUCGUGUUUUAUGUGAUUUAUUAUAGGAAUUUGUUUUCGAGUUUCAUAUUAUGAAUAUUAUUUUAAUACAGUUUAACUGUUCUCUUUUAUCUAACCGAUGUAUAUAUUCGUUUGUUCUCUUCUUUGCAAUAAGUAAACUGGCUAGGACGAGAAGUACUUGCUGUAUCUGUCUUACUUAACAAUUUGGGACAUAUAAAUACCGAUUAGCAAUGUUCACGUUCGAUAUCCUCCAUAUUCGAUACGAUCAUCUAACGUAUUCGAUUUUCUAUUGUUUCGAAUUUAGAGGUACCGCACGUAAUCUAGUUUAUCGAGAGAAUAAAAACAAAGAAUCAACGUUUCAGCCAUAAUUCGUUUUCAAAGAGUUGUGUUCUCCCACUUUCUCAGAGUCACAGGGAAAGGGUUGCACGAAUGAGAUCAGGUAACCUGUUAAGGGACCAGCGCAACAGGAGUUGAAAAAAGGGAAUAAAAGGUUAACGAGUCCGCUUUAAUUCGAUUAAUUACCCGUUGGAAGCUUGCCAAAUCUCGACAACUAGCGGACACUGCUGAUCGUUACUUUGGGUCACCGAAAAAACAAGUACGCACACUCUGGUUCAGAAUUUGCGAUUAAACACCCUCGUAACGGAAAGUACGCGCGCGAAGCGUUCGUUGUUCCAUUGAAAUCGAAGAAUCCUUUCAAAUAUCUUUCGCUAUUUUAAAUACGAACGAUCGCAAAUUCUCGCGCACUUUGCGCGUUAACCUCUCGAGUCGGCAAUUACGCACGAACGAAUUCGUCAAAAUUCAGCAAGUUUCUUAACACUUUCGCCGACAUGUAGAUAUUUUUGCAACGUGCUUGAAAACCCACUUCUAAUUGUUGUGUAGUAAUACAACGUACAAUAAGUAGAGUACCGUGUUACUGAAAUUAUUAUCUAGAUUCUAGAUGGUGGAUAUAUUAUGUAAAUUCAGAUUUCUAUGAACGCAACCAAAGACGAUAAACUUAUAUCCAAGAAAAUGUAUUUUUUCACAUUGUAUAGAUUUUUAUCAUAUUUCAAUUUUCCCAUAAACAUCCGCAGUAUCGUAUCGUAUCGUAUCGUACAACGUACUAAAUUUCGGUAUAUGAUCUUUAUUAAGAAACGAUUACAAUCGUUUUACCCGCCAAAGUGUUAACAAAUACGUACAGACAAACGAUAAUGUAUUAACAAACUGAUACGUACACAUCGAAUUGCCAUGAACGAUAAAGUUAUGACGACAUACGCUUCUUGUACCUACGCGAAACUGAUUUGAGGGGUUAAAGAACAUUGAUUGCGUCAGAAACUCCACGUAAGCUUAAACUUCUUGAAACAGGUGUCUACUUGGUACAUUUUAGUGUCGGAAAAUCGCGUCGAUCGUCGCGCGAACGCGAUGUAUCAAAGAUCGAGGCGGACGCUCAUCGUCCUUUCAUUGAAUCGCGUUUAAUCUAGUGGUCAUAGACGUAUACGCAUGACCCGGGUCACGCAGGGUAUAUUAUCCAUCUACUCACAACAGUGUACAAAUGAACGUAUCGGCGUCGAACAUGUUCGUUAGACGAUCCAAUGUACGAGAUGCUACAAGUAUAUCGUAUUGCAAUAUACAUUUAAAACAUAAUAUUUGAAAUUUUAUAUAUCAGUGAACGAACAUCAACGAAGUAGGUUAUCUAAUGUAUAUAAGUAGCAUGGUGUUAAUAUUUUCUUUGUUGUUUAUCUCGAUAAAUUUUCAAAUUUGGAAAUUUUAAGUUGAAGAAUGACUUCGUUCCUUACGAGUAUCGUUGCGAGGAAACAGAAUGUAACACAUUCGUUGCUACCGACGCAUAUGUUGCGUCAAAUAAGUUAGUAGCCGCUGAUUGUUGCAUUUUAGUUUCUCGACGGAAUCCUUUAGAAAGAUGAAUAAGAUAGUAACGUAUUGGAAGAAACACAAUUUUGUUUGUAACGCGGAUGUUCCCUACGAAAAAGGAAAGUAUGAAUCGAAGGGUAAACUGGCGUAUUAUAGUAUCAGCGUAUAGUAUUAACGAUCGAUAGCGACAGCUUCCUUAAUUUUAUGCGGACUGUGAAUUUAAAACGAUUGAAUAGCCGGAGUCUUUGACAAAAGUUCAAACUAUUAAUCGAAAUUAGAUAUAGGCCAGUGAAGUGGAAGCAAUUUGAAAGUAAAAAUCCUUUUAAAAUCUAUCAUUCUUUCAGAAAUCUAACAAAAAUCUAACAAAUUCAAAUAGAAUCUAUGAUAAUUCGAAAUGAAAUAAAAUAUCCUUAUUUCAACUAUUCUAAAAGAAGUAUAUCUUUUUACUCGUAGUAUGAAAAUAAUUUCAAACUUCCAUUUGUGUAUUGUUAUCGCUUGCGGGCGUUCUUAUAUCUCUCGAUCGAUGACUGGCAAGAUUCGUUUAUCGAAUUUUUCACGCGUGGCUGUGGUACGCAUGACAGCCGAGCGAUUCGCGUGGAAAUUUCGAGGGAUUCGAAGACAGAGGGAGGAAGGGCGGGCAUCCGCUGCAAAUAUUCUCGCGAGACUUUAGGGUGGCUCUGGCCAAGCUGGCUGCCUUUGUAAGGGUGGGAGCCGCGGGGAUUGAUAGCUACCUCGAGGGUGGCUUUUUUCGCCGGCCGGCCAUCACGCUUGCUCGCAGAUAUGGCGUCGGCUGACAACGUUCCACCAGCCAGAAACUUGCUUCGGAAAAGUGACUGCUUACGAGAUCGAACUUCCCUCGUCGAGUGGAAAUUCGUAGACAAGUUCCGCGAAAGUCGUAGAGAACAUUUUUGUAGCGAUAAAGAUUUUCGUUCAUCGAAAACGAUAAAGAAAUUGAUUUCUCUUUGUUUCUUUUUUUUUUUUCUUUCUAAGAAAUGUUUCAUUUCUAUCGUUGGAUUUGCAUCGCGACACGUUAUGUUGUUGACAGUGUAACAUGUUUUAAAGCUUUCGACACUUAUUUAAGAGAUUAAUCGUUAGUCAGCUUUGGUCUUUCGUCGAAUCAAUUUUUAAACCAUAGCUAAUAAACUAUAAACGACAAACUGUAACGAAAUAAAAAUCAGUAUUUUUUUACGUUUGAAAAAAUAUUCAUUGUAUCUUGCACCCUUGCAUGACCAGCAAUCUUUGUAGAUACUUUUCUAACAAGAUUCGAAAAGUGUGUGUAACUCUUUUGUUGUGUAACUUCCCUUUCAAUCUAUGGACGGGAUAUCUCGCAAGGCGAUGUUUAAAAAUUUGUUUUAUACCAAAAGUUUAUUCCAAAAAGUUGUAAACGGCGGAAAUAAACACUCGUGAUAUUUCACCCAAAGCGUCGUAAAGGGCUUAACGACGUUAACUAUAAUUGAACGUUGGAUAUGUAUUUUCACACAUUUUUAAAACAAAAAAGGAAAUCUUUUAUUUUUUUUAUCGAUUUACAAGUUAAAAUUUGUUUUGUCUCUACUUAUUUUAUUUUAAAUAUUUUAACGUUAAUAUUUAACAAAUAAAAUGUUACUUUUAAGUGUUAAAAAGUAGAUACGCGAGAUAUCUCGUUCGAAAGCAUCGAACGACGAGGUCGCAUCGCGAGUUAUCUCGAUCGUAAGUGCAACUAUUUUUAAAUUAAGCAACUAAAGAAUCGUCUUUACGAUAAUUAUCAUCGUCUAAGAUAAAAUUUCCAAAUCACGUUCGCUAUAAUCUAAAUAGUAACUCUGCAAAAAGAUUCGUAAAUUGCCAAACGACGCUCAGUCGCGAUGGAUCGUCUCACGAACCGUGUUCUGACGCAGGCGGAACGCACUUCAGCAGGAUUCGCUCUAACUACGUAGGUCCUCGCGUAAUCUCGUUUGAGAGACCGAGCCUCUUUCUCGCAGACUUUACGAAGGGUUCAAGGAUACAGCGUUAGCUUUAGGACUCCUCCAACUAGUCGAACAAGAAAAACGUGUUUCUCAAACCGACUCCCUCUCUCUCUUUUCCUCUUCUCAUGCUCCACCAAGGACACGACGAUAUAUCCUCGUCGUGCACCAAGCACGUUCUCUAUAUUUCUCCCCCUGGGUACGAAAAAGGGGUGGUCCCAUCCCUUGGUCCAAACUCCACGCGAUUCUAGAUUAAGACAAUCCAAUCUGUAGCUGGUAACGAAAAGAAUAAGAGGAAGAAGAAGAAUAAGAAGAAGAAGCAGCGGAAGAUGAAGAAGGAGAAAUAAGAAAAAAAAGAAAUAAAAUAAAAUAGAUUUGCUCGAUCGUUAUCGACCGAUCGCGGAACCACUCGAACAGAGAGGAUACUUUAGAGUAUAUAUAUUAUAUGCUUUGUAAACGCGGGAAUCACACGUUUUCUAGAAGCACAAGUCACGCCGAGAGAACGUUUCACGAACGUGUUACCACGAAAAGAAAAAAGAAAGAAAAGGAAGAAAUACGUAGAGUUAUCGAAGACGAGGAGAAACGAAGCUUCAUUCGCAUCGCAAGUUGAAAGAAUUUCCUUUCGUAAACGAACUGUCUCUUUCUUUUCUCUCUUCUUGCUUUCUCUCCCCUUUUUUUACCGACAGUUCGAUUGCCCGCGAUCGAAGCAAAUUCCCUCGUCGAUUUUCUUGUAUAAAGGCGAUUGUAAAAUAGCAUUUGUUAUACUCUUCUUAGCCUGUAAUGUAAAUUAGACAGAAAUCGUCGACACGCUGUGUAUAUACGUUUAGAUAAGCGAAAAGACGGUCGUUUCGGUACCGUUCGAUCGUAUACCACUUUAUAGAAAUCGUACACAUACACGCAUACACACGCUAACAUAAAGAAACGGAAAUCUCUUUGCCACGUGUAUUCGAUGUUCUCCCUUGGAAACCGGAAACGGACGAUCGACCGCCUCUGUCGUUGCGAAGAGUGGAAAAAUUGACGGCGGGAGUGGUCCAUCGACGUUCGAGGACGCGACCCGAGCCUACUUUUAUUAUUCGCUCAUUGUUUUCACGCAAAUGUAUACCGUUCGAGGUUGCAAAGUUGGCUAGCGGAUCGAAUAUACAUCUGAUCAAUUUACAUGUUAUAUCAAAUACAAUAGAACAAGCUUGGAAAUAGCGCGCGUAUGUGUAUCUAUUGUUAUUGGUCGAAUUGCUCACAUAUCGAUUAUCCGUAGACCGCGAAUAUUUGUGCAAAUAUUAUAUUUUUCUGAAUACCAUCGAAGAGGUGGAACCUUAGCAGAGAUUGAUGUUAUCUAAAUAUUAUGACAAGUAGAAUCUGUAUGGAAGGAAAUGGUAUAGCGAGAUUAGAAAAUUGGUUACGUGUUAGAAUCUACACGUUUUCAAAGAUAAAAUUCGGUUCCAUGGGAAAAUAAGGAUCUCGUGAUCUUACAGGACGGUGCAAUGUUAAUUCCGUAUUAUUUCUUCUUUUACGUAUUUGUAAUAUAUAUAUAUAUAUAUAAUAUUUCUUUUUCUGACAGUGGUAUAAGAUGACCAAAAUUUUAGGACGAACAGUUUAGUGCUAUGUACCUUUAACUGUUUACACGAAACGGAUAUUAAUAAUUGUAUUACGUACGAGGACAUUUUUUCCAGAAAUAUAUAAACACACCAAGUCUAGUCAUUUGAUAUUUAGCAAAGUACGUGUUAUUUUAUCGUGCCAUUGUGCUAGCCAACUUUCCAGCCACACGCACGCCAAGCCGCGUUAUACGUUCUUCUCAUGCUUCACAUACAUCGAUCUUUGCAUACGGAAGUCUUGGAACGGAUCUCGAAUCGACGCGAGACGACGCGUCACAACGAAUGAUACGAUCACAUCGCAGGAACGCUAAUGUGGAAGGAUUUAGGGAUGGAUCCGCGACGAUCAAGCCUCGAGAGAUCGAUUCGCUACGCCGGUGGCGGUUCACUAGACUUUGAUCUACGGAAAUGGUAUUUUUUGAUCGAAGCUUGGUUUCGCCCGGAACCAAAUUUGUUUUUAGAAUUGGAAAUUAAAAUAUUUGUCGAGUUACCGAAAUCGAUUUUCGCGAUAUUGCAAUUUAGGCGCUUAAUCCUGUUUCCUUUUUAUCCUUAAAACGUUUCUUAAGUUAGAGGAAGAUAGGAAAGAAUUGCUUUUCCAUGAUUUUGCUACUAGGUAGUCAGGGUGGAAUUUCUUGCGACAUGUGCAAUACUCGAUAAAUUUAAGAUCGAUGGUCGUUACGAUCAAACUGCUUUACACAAGGUUCUUCGUUUUCAGUAAUAUUAGCAAAUAGAGUUUUCUUUAUAUAAUCUAGAUUGCUGUCGAUAUCAUGUCGAGAGUGGAUUUCUCGCAGAGGAUGCGCCACUAUCGUUCGACCAAUCUUGACAACCGAGAUUUCUCCCGUAUACUUCUCGAGAAAGAGUUUCGAAGCUUUCAGUCUUUCAGGUCUCUCGGCUAUUUCUUUUAAAUAAAUGUUUCGCUGUGUAUGGUUUCCUUAAAGGGAAAACUGAUACACUUACCACUUUCCAGUUUAUUGGCAUCGACGAGCAAACAUUUUCUUACCAAAUUUAAAUUUGACUUUGCCCUCAAACACCGAAUCGAACGCAUUUAACUUCCGAUAGAAAAUAGAAUUCUACGUAAACUUUCUCUCGCAUUGUAAAACGAACAAAAUCUACUAGCACAGAUUAAUAUAAUUUGUGGAUAUGAAAAAGAAUGCUUUUGCAAUACGGUUCAAAGGAUCGAGCGGCCGCUGAAAACAUUCGCAAAGAUUCAAAAUGACCGCGACGCGACGGCGCGAAUCGAGUUCUCGGUGGCCCGAAACUUUCGGCGAAAAUAAAUUUCCACGGGGGGCGGUAGCACGUACGAGCCAACCAUCCGUGCGGCCAUCCGAAACACACGUACUUCUAUACACGUACACACGUACAAAAGUGUCGCGAAAAGUGGGAAAAUUAUGGUACAGGGUAAUUUGAUAUUAUAUGAUGCACUACCUCAGAGACAAGGCUUUUUACGCGAUAUAAAAUUUCUAAUUAAUCGCAUUAACGGAGCGAAAAGGGAUGGGAAAAUGGAGGAGAACGCGCAAGCGCGACCGCGAGAACCACUCGAGAUUUUUCGUCGGUGUUUUCGUCGACAGAGGUUUUCCGGUCGCGACGUCCGUUUCACGCGGCUCGAACGUGAUGAAACGACCGACCACCCCUUCGUGUCUCUCGGAAAACACGCGCUUCGUCCUCCGUUUUCUCCCUCUCUUACUCCGGUUGUUUCGCUUUUUUUUCUCUCUUAAAAAAAAAAAAAAAAAAAAAAAAGAAGGAAAAAGAGGACUACUCGUACUUGGCUGCGUUUGUUGGUAGUCGAUUGAACUUCUUCUCGGUCGCUGAUUCGUACCUGAUGCGAGGAUUACGCGGUGUUAUGUCGGCCACUUGAAACCGAUCCACUUUUUCCACGUGUCUAAGACUUCUGUGACAUGUCUACGACUUCCUGCCAGGGUGUCGUUGAAAAUAUCGCGUGUUUCGUUACAGUAGCGGAACAGAAUGGGCGAUGAAAAUAAGUAUGAUCGAAAGUUGAAUCGUCACGGUUGGAACGAUCGAUGCCUAAAGACUUUGCCGAGAUGAGAAUUAAAUAAUAAUAUUAAUUUCGUGACGCCCGGCAUUGAGAAGAGAAAAUAUUGUCAAUCGAAUACCAGUGACGAGUAGAUUAUAUCAUUCAGCUUUGUCAAUUAAUCCUCGUUCGUUCUUAUAUCAAAGGAUCGAUAGAAUGAAAUAGAACAUUUAAUUAGGAAAUUUGUCUGGAUUUUCAGAAAUUACUUCUUCUUUUACUUACAAUUAGCAUAACUAGUUUAUGAUUGUUUCAUUUACCUACAAGGUUUCAAUUCGUAUGCUAUUCGUAUUCUUACUCAGAGCCUGGCUGUCAAGACGUUAAUAGCAACGGUAAAUAAGAAAAUACGAGAAACGACUAAUAUAUUUCACGAGACACUCGAAUCGUGAUCGGUCACGAGACUUCGCCGUUCCAAGACACUCUGGACCACGUUUUGUUCCCUUCGCCGAAGCAUACUCCUCGAGCAUGUGUAUAUCAGUGUUACGCAACAAACAUCCGUUUAAUUAGACUCUCCGAUUCUCCAGUAAAACAGCUUUUCCUCCUCCUCCUUCUCCUCCACGAAGAAGAAGCUUUCUGCCGAGCAACUGUCGCGUUACCGUCGAGAACGUCGUUGUCGAGUCUCUCUCUCUCUCUUGUUAAAUAGAUGACGAGCUAUAAACGAUUUGUCAGCAGUCAAUAGGGUAUAAUUGAAGAUAUUCGCGAGUCGAAAUCGUGACGACGAUCGAAGGCACGAACGAAAUAUAUUAUAAAUAUAAUAGAAAUCGUGCCUCGUCUGAUAUGAAGGACAUCGUUUCCCACGAUUUUGACACGCAGCUGGUGUACCGCAAUUCGAUUGAACGUUUUCUACGGCGAACGGGGAUUGUGUACUGUACAUUAGUAAAAUUUAUAUUUUUGGAUGAAGAAAAAAUACGAAAAAAAAAAAUGAAACAAAACAAAGAGAACGUAAUGGCCGGUGAACGAUAACGGGCCGAAUUAGGGAAAAAGAUCGCUUGCGAGAGCGAAAGCACCGCCAUUCUGUCGGUUCUCCAACGGUCGGGAGCCUCGGUUCUCGACGUCGUACACUUCGUUCGGAUUCGCAUCGACCACUUCUGCGUUCACCGUCGCUUAGAUAAAAAGAACCAAAGGUGUUGCAGAUUUAUUUCCAUCCAAGAUUUCGAAUUCCUUUCGAUUUCGCGAGUGAUCGUCGCAUUUGUACAGAAUCUUUCGAUUCGCCGCUCGUCGUGAUUAUUAUUUGCAGGUUUUAUAAGACGAUCGGUGUCUAUGAUGAACUUCUUUUUUGGUACGAUGAUGAUUUAUCUUUUCUUGUUUUUUUUUCUCUUUACCGUUUUUACACUAUGUCAGAGCGAUGCCUUUAUUUUGACGAACAACAGCGUGAGUUUCGAAAGACUGUCACGAGAUUUGUAUGGGCAAAGUGGACGACAAGGAACAGUACCAUAGCUUCUUUGAGAUACGACGACUUCAUUCCUCCAGCAGAUUGGUUCGUUAAACGUUUUUCUGUUGUUCCUUCGAAAAGAAAAAAGAAACGUUUGGUGAACGAUAUCACGUAACACGAGGAUAACGUUAAUCCUUUUUAAGAACGCGGAUCACGUCGAUGCAACGAAAUGGAAUUUUGCGCAAAUUCUUAAAAUCACUUUGUUCGUUGUUUUAACAAACUGCGUGUUUAAAGAAGCAAGUUGCAUUUCGUUGGCGUUACUUUGAAAUUACGAUGUGAUCGCGCUUCGAUCAUUCUUUCGAUACCGAAACUUCGUAGUCCGAGCAGUGACGCGGAAGUGGUCACGCAGUUUUCUUAUUAUCUGUAAUAAUAAUACUGAUAACGAAUACAGUGUAUGAGUAUUAACAAAUUUAUUAACGAGAAUAAUAUAUUAUUGCGACAGUAAUCUACGUAAGUGUUGUGAAUAAUGGAGAUAAUAUUGUUGCUGUGAUUACCUUUAAGAUUGUAAGUAGUAGGAUAUAGAACCACUGUUAGGUGUCACUGUCUCGAUUCAAUAAAUGUUAUUUCAUUUUAA